UUCACACUAGAGUUGCAAAAGAUGGCUAGUGCUCCAACUCAAACAUUCAUCUUUCUUGCAUUUUUUGCAUUAUUAACUUCAUCUCUUUGCUUCGCUUCUGAUCCAAGUCCUCUCCAAGACUUCUGUGUUGCUGAUGCUGCUUCAAAUGUGUUUGUAAAUGGAUUUGUGUGCAAAAACCCAGCAAUAGUCAAAGCCAACGAUUUCUUCCUCUCCGGUCUCAAUAAACCUGGCGACACAUCGAAUCCUGUCGGUUCUAAUGUAACUCAAGCCAAUGUAGCUCAAAUACCAGGGUUAAACACUCUUGGUGUGUCUUUAGUUCGCAUAGACUAUGCUCCUGGUGGACUUAACCCUCCUCAUACUCAUCCUCGAGCUACUGAAAUCCUCGUUGUUCUUAAAGGCACUCUUUACGUCGGUUUCAUCACUUCGAACCCUAAUAAUACGCUCUUUUCUAAGAUCUUAUACGAGGGUGAUCUUUUCGUAUUUCCACAAGGUCUUAUACACUUCCAGUUCAAUUAUGAGCAUUCAAAUGCAGUUGCAUUUGCAGGGUUGGGUAGUCAGAACCCUGGAACAAUCACAAUUGCUAAUGCUGUGUUUGGAUCAAAGCCUCCCAUUUCUGAUAUUGUUCUAGCCAAGGCCUUCCAAGUUAGCAAGGAAAUUAUUGACAAACUUCAAGCUCAGUUCUGGCUUGAGAAUUAAUACCUUCAUCUCUAGAUCAUCAACUAUAUAUAUAUAUAUAUAUAUAUGUUGGUCUAUGUUUGUUUGCAAAAUAACAGACAUGGUGCUUAUGUAUGAGCAUGCAUGUUUGCAAGUUGUGUUUUGUUUGAUCAGUUUACUUGAAUGAAUUAUUAGUCCUUGCUGUUUUAGUUAUC